AUGCUUCGAAUUUUUCGUCGAAGAUUUUCAUCAUUUUGUGAUUAUACAAUAAGAACUCAUACUUGUGAUGAAUUAACGGCUAAAAAUAUUGGUUAGUUUUAAAAAAAACCUGUUAAAAUUCAUAUUUGUCAGGUGAUUUUCAGAUGAGAAAGUUUCGAUAAUGGGUUGGUUGGCAUUCAAAAGAAUGGAUCGAUUUUUAGUUGUUCGUGAUUCUUAUGGAACGAUUCAAGCGAAAUUACCUCAAAAAUUAUCGAGUUUAGUUAAAGAUCUACCUUAUGAAUCAGUUAUUCGAAUUGAUGGAAAAGUUGUUGAUAGAGGAGAUAAAAAUCGAAAUUUGAAUAUGAAAACUGGUGAAAUUGAAAUUGAAGUAGAGGAAUUGGAAAUAUUAAAUCGAUCUUCAAAAGAUAUCCCAUUUUUACCCGAUGAAAAAUCGACAAAAUCACAUGAAAAAACACGAUUGAAAUAUCGAUAUAUUGAUUUGAGAAGUGCAAAAAUGCAAAGAUCACUUCGAAUUCGAUCCGAAUUUGUUCAUAAUUUACGCAAAUUUCUUGUUGAUCAAAAAAAGUUUGUCGACGUCGAAACUCCCACAUUAUUUCGACGAACUCCGGGUGGAGCAGCUGAAUUUGUUGUUCCGGCACCGCAGCCAAAUUUAGGACAAGCUUAUUCAUUGCCACAAAGUCCACAACAAUUCAAACAAUUAUUGAUGGUCGGUGGAAUUGAUCGAUAUUUUCAGGUAAAACAGUUUUUUUUUAUAGAAUGAAUGAAUUUUUGAACUGCCACGUGAAAGUUCACGUUUUUAUUGAAAUUCUAACAAAAAAAAAAAUUAAAAAAUUUUCAACAAAAAAAUCCAAAUGUGUAAAUAGAUAGCCCGAUGUUAUCGUGAUGAAGGAUCAAAAGGAGAUCGACAACCAGAAUUCACUCAAGUUGAUAUCGAAAUGUCAUUCACAACCCAGAAUGGAAUUAUGCAAUUAAUUGAGCAAAUGAUUGUAUCUUCAUGGCCUUCUUCACUUUCACAUCUCAAACCAAAAUUACCAUUUCCACGUGUAAAAUAUUCAGAAGUUAUGGAAAAUUAUGGAAGCGAUAAACCCGAUUUUCGAAUUCCUUGGAAAAUUGAAAAAGAUGAACAGAAUAUUUUUGGUUAGCACAGUUUUCAUUUUAUUUUCUGAAUUUUCAAUAUUUCAAUCUACGUUUUCAGAUAUUUUGAAGACCAAAAAUUCUACAGAAAAUUGGAAUGCACGAUUUAUUGUUUGUAAAAAUGCCUCGGAAAAAGUAUCAAAUUCAUUGAAAAAAGAAUGGAAAAGACUUAUCGAAAUGAACGAAAAUGGUCGAAAUUUUGCAAUUUGUCAGAAAAAUCAUACAUUGAAAAGUAUCAAUUUAUCCGAAAUUCCGAAUUUCGAUGUUGAAAAUGAUACACUUAUUGUAAGUUGGGGCGAAUCGGAAGGUGUUAAUUGGACACUUGGAUAUUUGAGAAAUUAUGUGGCUGAAUUGAAUGGAUUGAGACAAAAAUCGGAAGUUCAAGCACAUUGGGUUAUUGAUUUUCCACUUUUUUCGAGGGAGAAUGGUCAAAUGGUAUCAACACAUCAUCCAUUUACAGCACCGAUUUCAGAACAUCAAGAAUUAUUGAAUGAUGAAACAAGGCUAGAAGAUAUUACUGGUAGGUUAAUGAAUUUUUAAUGAAUAUGAAACUGAAAAUGAUGAUUUUAGGACAACAUUAUGAUUUGGUGAUAAAUGGUGUGGAAAUGGGUGGUGGAUCAAUUCGAAUACAUAAUUCUGAUAUUCAAAAACAUGUUCUUCAAUUGUUGAAUGAACCAAUGGAAGAAAUGGUAAAUAACAAAAUGAUUUGGGGCGAAUUUGAAAUCGGGCCAGGUCCGACUAAUCGAACCCGAUUUCGAAGGUUUUUUUGAAUCGGAUCAGGCUGACACUGUUCAAAUAAGAAUUGGACCACUUUUUUAGAAAGGGUUUGAAUCUGAAAAUAUUCAAAAGGUGGUCUUUUCAUACAUAAAAUAGGUCCCCCGAGUCAGUUUUCAAAGUUAGGGUCCCUCCUUGAAAAUUUUCCAAAGUUAAACACCUUCCUCACAUUUUUGAGCAAAUUUUGGACAAAUCUGGGAAUUUUGGUAAAUUAUCAGCAGAAAAUUGGCCAAGUUAGGCACCCUUACUUUCAGAUUUUUGAAAAAAGUUAUGCCCCUCACCCCGAUUCUGGGGACCCAUUUUAUGUAUUUUAUGUAAAAGACCGUCUUUUUCAGAAAUUUUUCUCAAAAGAAUGUUUCUCAAAAAAUCGGACCUGGCCUGAUUCCUCUGGUCCGAUUCAAAAACCACUCUCACAAACAUGUUUUCCAGAAUCAUUUGCUCGAAGCGUUAUCGUUCGGAGCACCACCUCAUGGUGGAUUUGCACUUGGAUUAGAUCGAUUUGUUGCACUUUUAACAUCUGAAGGUGAUCCAACAACUCCAGUUCGAGAUGUUAUUGCAUUUCCAAAAACAAAAAAUGGAAGAGAUUUGAUGAGCGAUUCACCGACUACUUUGGAUGCGAAACAAAUUGAAAGGUAACUUAAAAUUAUUUUUUAAAAAUUGGAGAGAAGAAAAAACGAAAAUUUUCAGAUAUGGAAUUCAAUUGAAGUCGUAA